AUUUAAUUUUAAAAAUGAACGAGCAACAAUAUUGUUUAUACAAUAGUAGUCACGUUAUUCCGGUUUAUAAUCAGAAAAAUGGUUUGGAGGAAGAACGAAGUUUAACAAUACAUAUUUUGGAUUUAAUUGAUAAAUUGCAAAUUAAACUUAGAGACUUGUCAGAUUAUUCUUUCAAUUAUACCGAAAUAAUUGAUUUUGGAGACUUUGAUGUUAUACGAGUUAAUCAAAUGUUGGAUAUCAACUUUUCAGAGUUCAAGGUUAAUAUUGUUGAAAUGCUUCACCAGUUUCAAAAGAAAGAAAUGUUUCUAAAGUGUCAGGUGGGGGAUAAAAAAUGUACAUUAGUGUUUUUUACAAAAUCCAAAAUUAAAUCCAUGGUUUAUUUAACAUUGGACUUACAUUUGACUGAUCAAAAGAUUAUUGUCUCCGAAAUGGUGGCCGAAAUUCAAGAAUUACAAGACUCUAACGAGAAAUUGAAAAAACAGUUAACCAAGAGCAGAAAACUGUGCCAAGACAAAGACGUCGAGUUGAAUGAGGCGCUAAUGGAGAAAAAGCGACUGAGUGCUUACUUUUUCACUCAUAUGAAAAAAGUCGACAACUUAUUUUCCAAUCAAAUUGCCAGAAUUCAGAACCAGUUGUUAAAUUCAAUUUCGAAUCAAGGAACAAAAUUAAGCUCUUUAGAAAAAAAGGUUGUCCUAUUGAAGCAUGAAAAUGAAUUGAAAGUACAUUCAAACCAUCAUUUAACUAAAACAAUUGAAAACUUGAGGAUUGAAAAUGCACAAAAUGCGGCUAUGAUCCAAGAUCUGAAAAAGCAAAACAGUUCUUUAAAUAUAGAAAGGGUUGGUCUUGAGAAGACAGUGGCAGAUUUGAAAAAAUCGGUCCAGGAUUUACAGAUCAGUAAUCAAUAUUUAGGCAGCAAAAAGGGGGAGUUGGAAGAGGAUUUAAACAAGAUGAAUUUAAUAUUGACGGAAAAGGAUAGUAAGAUCGAUGAACUGUCGAAAGAUUUGGUACAGGCUAAUAGUAUGUUGGUAAAUUUCAAUAACCAUUACGAUUCCAAAACCAAACAGGUUGUCGAGUUACUCAAAGAGGUUGAGGCUAAAGACCAACAAGUUAAAGCCCAAAAGAUGCGGUACAACGAGCUUUUGAAGUCAUACAAGGAGUACGAAGUGCAGUACAACUGCGAAAUGUUCAAAAGGAUGCAACAGGAGCUCAGUUUGUCAGGCGAAAAGAUUCGCGGUCUUGAGGAGGAAAUGAGGAAGCUGAGUAAAAUGAACGAGUUGCUCUCCCAAAGGGUCAGCCAGGGAUAUUUUAAAUUACCCUGAACACGGAAAGUUACUUGUGAAGAGAAUAAUUUUGUUUUAAACGUAUUGGUUCUGUUUCCUAAGUGCAAGUAAAAGUAUUGUUAAAUUGAUAAAUGAUAUGGUUGCUGAUUAAUCAAACCCAAUAAGAAUAUAAAAUAUAUUGUUUUC